AUGCUGCACUUUGAUUGGACUCUGGUGUUGGCAACACAGGCUGCUCGAAGACGCAUCGAAACUGAAACCAAUAGUGACAAUGGGGAUGAUGAUGACAACGGUGAUGUUUCCAGUUCUGCUACCACUGAUGUGCCAACCGAAGAUGAUGUGAACGACAUAAUUCUAGACAAUGGAUUCAACUUGACACAUGGUUUUAAACGAUUUCAAUCUAUUGCACUUCAAAAUUCGAAGACAACCGGUUUUACGAUGUACCAAGAUGUCCACGAAGUAUUGUCCCUCAAUCACAUUCUGCUCCUCAAUGACAACCAAUAUGGAAAAUCACUGAUAGACUUUCUUGGCUUGGAUAACUUGACUGGAUAUCAUGCUCACUUGAAGAAGCCCUAUAUGGAUGAUGAUGUGGCUAAAUUGAAGAACAAGUCUCGCAAGACGAUUAAGCACACACUGAUGAAGACAUGUAUGGACAUAAAAUUGGAUGAUCUUGACGAAUCUAUGAUUGAUAUUUUACUGAAUUGCUUGCAAAAGUUACCUGAUUUCAACACCAAACAAGCCAUUGGCGAACAACAACUCCUAACCAACCACAUCGAUCCUAUUGUGAUUCAUCUGUUCCACCUUCCUGAACACGGACGUGUAUUUGACUGGAUGAAUCGCACAAUUGAAGACACGAAAGGCGACCUGACGGCAUCAUGUACAUUAUUGAACAAAGAAACAUCCAAAAUGCCAUUGGUUACUGUGAAGUCAAGGCACAUGACAGUGAAGACAAUGUCGAUAGUAUCCACUCGGACCUUUUCCGCUUGGCGUCGUUUUGCAAAAAUUCUUUGGAUCUUGGCCAUGUCAAGAUUUUUAUACUACAAUGGGAUCCUCAGAAGAUAA